CGAUCGAUUUUAUGAGUAUUUUGUUUUCAGUGCAAAUGGGAACGUUUUUCCCAAAAAAUGCACGUUUUGAGCGCUCAAAAUUGCAUUAAAAUUUUUUUUCCGGCAAAAUGUAACUAUAUGUUUCAAAAAGCGAUCGUUCAAGGACCGGCGAAUUUAAUAACGAAAAUUAAAAAAAAAAAAAAAAAGAAGAAGGAAAUGGGUUCAGUAGUUUUCCCGCAAUCAGGAUCACGGCAAAGUCAUUUUUCGGAAAACACUUCCGAGAUAAUCGCGUGUAAAAUUUCAAGUUUAGCUUAUGCGGCCGUGGCGAGGCGCGCUGCAAAUCGCUUUAACUUUCUUCCUAUUGCUCAGAUCUUAAUGAAAAUUUGUGAAAAUGUUCUCAAGAUGUUGUAUUUGAAGAUAAUACAAUAAUUUUUUUUGUGUUUUUUGAAAACUUAAAAGGUAUAUAACCCCUUAAGAACCUUCGAAAGCUUCCAGAAAGGUUUGGAAUAUGGUUUUAAUUGUUCAAUUUCUUUCAUGAAAUUUUCAUUCCGCAAGAAAGUGAAUCUAUGUUUGAUUUUCGUUUGUAAAUCUUUAAAAAUAACUUUCAAAGCAGGAUCACGAGUUCGUUGAUAUUGACGUCUCCGUAUGUUCUUCAAACGUAUAAGAAGUUGAAGCUCAUUGUCAAUGAUUGGUGUUUUAAAUUUCACUCUAGCCUUAGGAACCUUAGUUUCGGGCAUUGUGUAUUAAACUGCACAAAUCAUCCAAUACCAAUUAUGCUAUAAAUCGUGAAAUCUUACGGAAACAGAAAGAAAAACAGAAGGUACAUAGCGAAACAACGGUGGCAACUAUACGUCAAUCCUGGAAGACAGAAGAGAGGGCGAGCUUACCCGGAAACAGAUCCAGAACGUUCGGAGGAAGGGCACACGAUGGCGAGCGCCGUGGCGAUUUUCAAUGCGUGCGUUGUGGUUUAUCUGGACACAAAAGUGACUCGCAGUAUUGCCGCGCUCGUGCUGCGCGCUGUAAUAAUUGUGGACGAAUUGGACACUUUGCACGGAAAUGUCGAGCAUCUCGUUACAUACAGAAACCGUUUUCCCGGGGACGGCAGGUUCACGAUAACCAAAGCGAAUCGAAUGCUAUUCAAGAUCGAGAUGAGGAGCUUCCGAUACGAAGAAAUUGCGAAGGUAGUAGAAAACACUCACGAAAAUGGGUCAGUCACAUGCAGGAUUGACCAAUUUCCUGUGAACUUCCUAAUCGAUUCUGGUUCGGCAAUAAACACGGUGACAAAGGAUGUUUGGAACACUUUAGUAAAUGGAGGUGCAAAAGUUUACAAAAAAAAGUUUCAAUGCGAUCGACCAUUCACUCCUUAUGCGACACAAACUCCCCUGCGCGUGGUAGUUGUGUUCGAAGCAUGGAUUACAGUUAAUGAUACAAAACCAAAACGCUACGCAGGAUUUUUUGUUGUUGAAGCUGCCAACAAAUCGUUGCUAGGCAAAUCGACGGCAGAGUAUUUGAAAGUUCUGAAAGUUGGGCUAGAUGUCCAAAACAUUGAAAUGGAAAAGCAAUCGUUCCUAAAAUUUCCAAACGUGCAAGUAAAGCUUUCGAUCGACAAAUAUAUGCCUCCCAGAAAGAUAGUGUCCCUGCGUAUACCAGAAUCUAUGAAGGAAAAGGUUGACAAGAAAAUUUUGUGAAAUGUUGAGAUUGGAUGUUAUUGAGCACGUGAAGGGACCGGCGGAAUGGAUAUCCCCUAUGGUAGUUGUACCAAAAGGGAGAGAUGGUAUUCGUCUUUGCAUUAAUAUGCGGUAACCGAAUCAAGCUAUCCAUCGUGAGCACACUCGAGGAGCACGACAAACGACUCAAUCAGGCUCUAACGAUACUCCAACAGAAUAAUACAAAACGAAAAAAAUGUCUCUUCCGGGUGAAGGAACUCGAGAUUCUAGAAUUUAAGGUAAGUUCUUCGGGUAUAAGCCCUUCAGAUGAUAAAGUGGCAGCAAUUAGAAACUUCAGGGUUCCUGAAACAAGAGAGGAGGUCCGAAGUUUUUGGGCCUGGUUUUGUAGGGCGUUUCAUCCCUCGUUUGUCAACAAAAUCGGAUCCUUUUCGACAGUACAUUCGUGGAGACGUUUCGGAAUUUGGAAUCGAAAAAAAGGAGGCAUUCGAUGAUUUACGGAAUGAAUUGUCCGAAGGCGUCCGAAAACUUUUGACCCGAAAGAUGUGACAGAAUUCUAUAUAGAUGCUUCUGCGGUGGGCUUAGGAGCGGUCCUUGUCCAGCGAGAUUCAUUUAGUGUUCCGAUAAUCAUAUGUUUUACUUCUAAGGGACUAACUCCAACAGAACGUAACUACCCACAAACCCAGCGCGAAGCCCUUGCUGUAGUUUGGUUUGUCGAAAAGUUUUAUUUGUACUUGUUUGGCCUGCAUUUCACGACUUUCACCGACCACAAGACGUUGGAAUACAUUUUUGGUGGUAAACAUCAAGAAGGGCGCUCCGGCUCCAGCCGUAUGAUUUUGACGUGAAGCAUAUAGCAGGGGUAUCCAAUAUUUCGGACAUACUGUCACGGUUCAACGGCAACGCGGAUCCCUCUUUUGACAACAAUGCGGAACACUACCUAUGUUCCAUUCAAGAGGGAUUAUCUGCCAUUACCCUAGAUAACAUCAGGGCUGAAGUAUCGAAAGAUGAGAUACUGACCGCUGUAAUCAAAUCACUGGACUCCGGUGAUUGACCAUCACACCUAAUCCGAUAUCAGGCCUUUGCUAAAGAGUUAGGUGUGAUGAAUGGCAUCUUAGUACGAGAUGAACGGAUUGUUUUGCCAAAUAAGUUGAGACAUACGGUGCUAGACAUUGCGCAUCGAGGUCACAUUGGGGUUGUUACUAUGAAAAGAACACUUCGAGAUAAAGUUUGGUGGCCCGGCAUGGAUGAUGAUGUGGUUGAAAGAAUUCAAGAAUGCGCCGGAUGCGUUUCUGUUUCUGGCGUGGGACCACCGGAACCAUUGCACAGAAAGGAAACGCCUGAUCGUCCAUUGCAGGAGAUUGCAAUAGAUUUUUUCUCGGCAAAAGAAUUCGCAACUUUUCUUGUGGUCGUUGAUUAUUAUAGCAGGUUCCUAAGAGUGAUUGAAAUGAAAUCUACUACAGCCGCCAAAACAAUUGAAGCUUUGGAAAGUAUUUUUGCCGAACAUACAUAUCCUGAAACGAUUCGCAGUGACAAUGCAAUGGCCCUCCAUUCUCUAGUGAGGAGUUUGCUAAAUUUUGUGCUAGUAAGAAUGUCCGGUUGUUCAGGACCAUUCCGUAUUGGCCUCAAAUUAAUGGGCUGGUUGAGCGCCAAAACCAGGGUAUACUGCGAACAUUGAGAAUAGCAAAAGCAACGAAAAAUAUGUGUACAUGUAUAACACGUCCCCUCACUCGGUUACCAGAAAGGCACCCAUGGAGUUAUUGACGGGACGACCGGUAAAAGAUCUUCUGCCGUCAUUAAGGACCGAUCCUAAUUGGUACCGGGAAAAGGAGUACAAGAAAGAGAUGCUAUCGAGAAGCUUAAAGGAAAGAAGUAUGCGGAUAUACGAAGACACGCCAAGCCGUCAGAAAUAAAUGAAGGAGAUAGUUAUUCUUAAGAGCAAUGAACAUGGCAAGCUUGAACCAAAAAUUUAGCUGCAUACGUUCAAAGUAAUAAGUCGAACAGCAAAUGACACGAUCGUUGAGAACGAUGAAGGAAUAACGUUUCGACGAUGUUUUACUCAUCUAAAGGUGUGGCCGGAACAACAAGCAUCAGUAUCACAGCCAGAAUCAUCGUCAUUACCAAUGGUAACCGAUGAGAAUAAACCAGAUAGACCACAGAGUUAUCUGAAAAGAACCCGACAGGAACAAACGAAGCCAUCUGUAGAACGCCCUGUUAGAAAUAGGAAGGUCCCUCGUCGCUAUGUACAAUCUGUUACUUAUUUGGAAUCAUCCUCGGAGUUGGGGAGAGAUAUAGAGUUGAGCUUUGCUGUUAUACGAUGGCAGAGACCUUAGAAAGAGAGAGAGAAUAUGAUCAAGACGAGAGAGGGUUUAGGAGGCCAGGGCCAGUAGAUUGUAAGCACUACGACUGAGCGGUUGAGUUGUCUUCAAAAUAAAUAUUCUAGUUUAACGCUUACUCCAGUGUUUAAUUGACGCGGCACAAAUAAACACAUUAGGUAAGAUGAUAUUCAAUAUUUUUUGCAAAAACAAAGAACAGUCUAGACAAUUAGGAAAUUAAACAUUAUUUUAAUGUAUCAUAAGUUCUCCGAGUAACAUUCACUGUAGAGCAUGUUCUUCAUUCGAAGCAAUAUAUGCAUGCAACUCGCCGUUUUUGUGAAUAGAUUUUUGUCACUUGGGGGCCGUCCUAUAAUUACGUAAGCAUAUUUUUCCACUAUUUCAACUCCCUCCCUUGUAAGACAUCGUAAGAUUUUUCGAACCCCCCUUCUCCCCUAGUAAGAUCUUACUGCCAGCGUAUAUAGAUUUUUAUUUUAGUUUUAUCAUUAUGGGUAUUCAUGUCGAGCUCGUAAACAAAUACCCAGCCGUAAAAAUACUCACCUCCAUUGACGAGUAAUGGAAGAUACACAGUUUACGGCUGGGUAUUCGUAUACGAGCUCGAUGUGAAGACCCCUAUUAUGAAGCAAGCACAGUACUUCGUUUCCUCUUCUGUCCUUUAUUCGAGUAAUUCCGUAAUUUCCUUUCCAUGAAUAUUGCCGUCAACGCUUUCAUGAACAUGGUUAUUUUAACAGCUGCAUUAACAAUGUUUUUCUUACGUAAGAUAAUCA